AUGGUGGUUACUAGUGAUGAUCUGGAUGAACAAGCAGCUCUACAAAGUUACUUGUCUCAAGAGUUUGAAAUGAAAGACCUUGGGCCUCUAAAAUACUUUCUUGGGAUUGAAGUAUCCAGAUCCAAAGCUGGAAUCUUAUUAUCCCAAAGAAAAUAUACCUUGGAUAUGUUACAAGAAACUGGCAUGUCAGGUUGUAAACCAUCAGAUACUCCAAUGAUUGAAGGUUUAAAACUUAAGAAUGAGGAAAGAGAUGUUCCAACCGAUAAGAAGAGGAGGUAUCAAAGACUGGUGGUGAGAUUGAUAUAUCUAGGCCACACUCAUCCUGAUAUUGCACAUACAUUAAGUGUAAUUAGCUAG